ACCAUACACCCGGAGUCAUUUGCUCAUUCAAUCCACAAAUAAACAAGUAAUAUUUUUACUCAUUUGUUAAUUGAAUGAACAAAUGACUUCGGGUGUACGGUACAUCCGGGUGUACAUAAUAGGCUCUUAUAUACUUUAGUAGGAUGAAUGACAGGUAUGGAAUUAAACUUGAUUUUCAUGAAAAAAAAAAAGAAAAAAAAAAAAAAAAAAAGAAAGAAAGAAAAGUUGUACUGUGAGGGUCUUGCGAUUUGCGUAAUGGAAUUUAUGGCUGCUAAAAAUGAGAAAAAUCUACUCUGACUGUUAUUCACUUAUUCUUCACAGAAUUAUCACAACUUGGUUACAUUACAGCAAGUAGUUAAUAGUUGUAUCUAUGUACUACUUUUCAAGUCAACAAAAGUCAGCAAGUCACCUCAAACAAAAGUACACUUGAAAAAAAUUGCAUUUUCUAACAUAUAAUUAUUAUCCACAACCACAUAAAUGAGGUAAUCAAACUCCCUCAACUCCUCAUCCCACCAUGGAGUUGUUUCAGUUUUCAAUCUUCCUAAUUUUACUUUCCAUUUUCCUCUUUUUCUUACCUUAUAACGCUCAUGCUCAAUCGCCGUUUCUCAUUAACUGCGGCUCCUCUAACAACGUCACCACCACUGCCGGCCAGACAUUUGUUGGAGACGAAAAAACAAACACUGUCCGCCUCUCUGGUCAUGGCAGCAAAACUGACACAGACAGCAACCAGCCAGAAGCCUUAUACCAAACUGCCAGAGUUUUUAAAAAAACAGCAAGCUAUGACUUUGAUAUCUCACAAUUUGAGACUUAUUUUGUGCGCUUGCAUUUCUGUGCUUUUGAUUCUUCACUUGCUGAUGCAAAGUUCAAUGUCUCGGCGUCAGGGCAUAUGUUGCUUACUGAUUUCAGUCCUGCAGGAAAAACUGAUGCAAAUUGCACGAGGAAUUCCACGGAAUUUAUCCUUAAAAUAACUGAUGUUAAGUUCAGAAUUUACUUUGUGCCUAGUCAUUCGUCGUCUAUAGCUUUUGUUAAUGCUAUAGAAAUCUUCCCCACGUCUUCAAACAUCACAGAGGAUACAGGCCCUCGGGUAACACCUGCAGGAAGCUUGGGAGAUGACGGGGGUCAAAAAUCGAAAGUUCUUGAAACAAUUUAUAGGAUUAACGUUGGGGAUAUAGAGGUUGAAGCAUCAAGUUCCAGCCUUUGGAGAAGUUGGAUGCCAGAUGAUCAGUACCUCAUCAACAAGGGUGACGCAGAAAAUGCACCUGCUAAGAUCGAUAGUGUUAACUAUGCUUCCGGUCCCGGUCAAGCCACCAUUGAUGAUGCUCCACCAGAAGUGUAUGGGACGGCGAAAAUACCUAAAAAAUCUCUCAGCAUGGUUAACAACCUUACUUGGAAGUUCAAUGUGAGCAAAGGCAAACAAUACUUUGUUCGAGUGCAUUUCUAUGAUAUCAUAAGUCCUGCGUCUAGUCCAUAUAAUUUUAGCUUGUACAUGUAUAGUAAUUUCAAUCAGGUGAUAGAUCCAUUAGAAAUCGCCGCAGCAGAUCAUCCUUUUUACAAGGAUUAUCUUGUUGAGCCAGAUGAUCUUGGAUAUCUGAACAUUAGUGUAGGACCAAACAAUGUGUCAGUUGAUAAGAAGUAUCUAUUCCUAAAUGGACUGGAAAUUAUGCAGGUGCUGAAUGAAACUGCCAUAGAGCCCCGAAUUGAUGGUAGUCCGUCUCAUCUAGCUCUUGUAGCCAGCUUGGUUGCAUCUGCAGUAGCCAUUUUAAUUGUUCUAGCAGCUGUUGCUUUCUGGUAUCAACAGAAAAAGAAGAGGCAAAAGUCUAAAGAAGUAUCCGAGUGGGUUCCCAUGUAUGGCGCGUUCAGUUCUCACAACAGGAUCUCAGACGGAACAUCUUCCCAUGCCUCCACUUUUCAGAACCUGCAGUUGGGUUUGAAGAUACCCUUUGUUGAAAUUCGGCAGAUAACAAACAAUUUUGCAGAGAAUUUGAUCAUUGGUGAAGGCGGGUUUGGGAAGGUAUACAAAGGAACUCUGAGAAGUGGGCUCAAAGUUGCAGUGAAGCGAGGCAGUCCUGAUCAUGGCCAGGGAAUGUCAGAAUUUCAGACGGAGAUUAUGAUUCUGUCAUCAAUUCGCCACCGCCAUCUUGUUUCCUUAAUUGGUUAUUGUUAUGAAAAUGGUGAGAUGAUACUGGUUUAUGAGUACAUGGAAAAAGGGACUCUAAGAUAUCACCUUUAUGAAUCGGAGAACAUUUCCGCUUCUUCUGCCAAAGGGAUGCUGUCUUGGAAACAAAGGUUAGAGAUCUGCAUAGGGGCUGCCAAGGGUCUUCAGUACCUCCACACUGGUACAAACAAGGGAAUCAUUCAUCGAGAUGUCAAGUCGACUAAUAUACUGCUUGAUGAGAAUUAUGUGGCUAAAGUUGCAGACUUUGGGCUAUCAAGAUCAGGAUACCUGGAGGAAACUCAUGUCAGUAUAUCAGAUGUGAAGGGAACUCUUGGCUACCUAGAUCCUGAGUACAUUAUAUGCCUGCAGCUGACAGAAAAAUCUGAUGUGUACGCUUUUGGGGUGGUUCUUUUCGAAGUUCUUUGUGCAAGAGCUGUUAUAGAUCAGUCACUUCCAAAAGAGCAAAUCAGUUUACCUGAUUGGGCAACUGCUUGCUUGGAGGAGGGACAGAUUGAGAAGAUAAUCGAUCCAUUAAUUGCAAAUGAAAUCGAGCCUAAUUCCUUGAAGCAAUUCUGUGAGACAGCUGAGAAAUGUUUAAAAAAAGAUGCAUCAGAAAGACCUCCAAUGUCAGAUGUAUGUUGGAGUUUGGAAUACACCCUACAACUUCAGAAAGCGGCUGCUGAAGGAGUGCUGCUAGAUGAUACCACCACAGAUGUUUCCCUGAACAUGCCAUUACCUGCUGUUCAUCGUUUUCCUUCUCAGAACAUAAGUGAUUUUGACCUUGAGUUAUCUUACACUGGUACUGGAGAAGUAUUCUCUCAGUUGACCUAUGACGAUGCCACUGGGAGAUGAUAUGAAAUUGAUUUAGGUUGGUUAAAUUUUCUCUCAGUCAGUAGUAAUUGUUGCUGCUUAAGUAAAAGCAGCAAAUCUCAAGUUUUUUUUUCUAGUCUUCUUUUCGCGCUUGCUUCUGGUAUUUUUGUGCAGACACAUUGCUGUAAUUUCAUUUCAAGUUAUCUUUCUAGAAAUAUAAUGCUCACAACAUGUUCAUAAAA